GGGCUCCUAAAAAGUGCUGGGCCCCUGCGGUGCGGGGCAAAGGGGAGGGGGGCUGGUCCAGGAUGGAGCUGAUGGUGCUGCUCAAUGCUCUGGUUACUCGCCUGCUCUUUGUGUUGCACUCUCUCAUCGGGGUCUGGAGAGUGACUGCUGUGAAGAAAGAACCCAAGUACUGGCUGCUGGCACUGCUCAAUCUUCUCCUGUGCCUGGAGACAGGGCUCACCCUCAAGUUUAAGCAAGGCAGAGGCUACAAAUGGUUUUCACCAGCAAUAUUUUUAUAUCUGAUUUGCACAGUACCAUCACUAUGGCUACUAGAAAUUCAUCAUGGGACUCAGUACUGUGGCAAUGAGCCCGGAGCAGUUCAGGUGAAUGUCAGCAACCAAGACUUCAAUCAAUCUAGAGACAGCAGUCACGCAAGCGAGGGAACAGAUCACCACAUCAUUCAGACGGCUAAAGUCUUUGUGAAACAGCUCUCCACGAUCUGUGAGACUGUGUGGACACUGGCCCUUCACCAGACUUUUCUACUGCUGCUAGUAGUUGGGAGAUGGCUUCUCCCCAUUGGGGUUGAAAUCACCCGGGAUCAAUUGUCUCAGCUGCUGCUCAUGUUUGUGGGAACAGCAGCAGAUAUACUUGAAUUUGCUAGUGAAACCUUGGACAUUGAAGAUGUUCGGAAGAAUUAUGCUCUCAUAAAUGCAAUUCUUGCUGUAUGGACCUGGAGUAUGUUACAGUUUCCGCUUGAUCUUGCAGUACAGCAUAUUGGCUGCAAACCAACUGCAUCGACUAGGCGGAUCCCCAGCCUGCUGCUGUGCAGGUACAGCGCCGAACUGUGGAACAUUGGGGUCAGCCUUUUCAUACAGGAUGGUCCCUUCUUCAUUGUGCGUUCAAUCCUGAUGGGCCACUUCAGAAUAUUCAAUCAGAUGCUGGUGUUUUUUACAGCUAAGAAUAUCUUAGUUGUGACUCUGCAAUUGUAUCGUUUGGCAGUGAUAACCUUAGACUUUCGUGCUACCAUUCUGCAGAAGAGCAGGAAAGGAGAAGUCAGCUGUUGUCCAUGUGAGCCUUAUGAAGCCAGUACUCAUGCUACCGCUGACCAAGAUACCGAAAUGAAAGAGUUCGUUACUUUUCCUCCAAAAGAGGAAUCCUAA